GCUGGCGAUCCUCGCAAGGUGUGCAACGUCGGUAAGUUAAGCGUUGAGAGUGUUUUGUGUAGUGAAAGUGAGAUAGUGUCGUGCUGAUAUUGCCGAAGAAACUAGUUGUGAGGCUAUCUUUACAGGCGCUUAUACGAUGAGCGGAGUAAACGGUCAAAAUCUUACACCGAGCCAAACAAGGAAGCAGAAGAAGUACACGAAAGAGCAGAAACACGAGCAUAUUAUGAGAUCAAAAGUGGAUGGCCGAAAAGAAUGCAGAAAUUUGCCGACAGUCGGCAGUCCCGGAGUCAACGCUCCGAUAUUGGCUAGAUUCACGGCAUGACCAGGAUGUUAAACUGGUGAACGAUGUCAUCUUGACAUUCGCCGCUUAGGCUGCUAAGCUGGAUGCACAAAUCGACGACCAUGACAACAAUGGACGGAACCGAUUUGUUAUAAAAAGAGCCCCUUCUUCUUCUACUCAAUUUAUUGGCCGUGGGUCCUAUCUUGGACUCCGAUACGCCACUAUAAUCAUGUGUAAUUUUUGUAUUUGUGUUUUUUCUUAUGUAUUAUUUUUGGGUUAAACGUUUGUGCUACUCUUAUGACAGUAUAAGGCUAUUUCUAGAUUUUCGUUUUAAAGAAUAAGUAAGCUAGCAUAUUUAUACGAUAUAAAAACUGUACAUUGGCAUAAGAGUAGCACAAAACGUUUGCGAUUUAAUUGCGGAUUCUGAAAAUGCCUUAGGUUUUGCAAAAUUCGCAAUAAUUAUGUGAAAAAUUAUGUGGGGUUGAAUGAUGAUCUCCCUACACGCUUUCUACGGUAGGUAAGUAUGCGUAUGUGUAUAUUAUUCAAGGCAAACAUCCUCAUAGCCUCAUAGGCCAAAGCCGAAGUCACCCUUUGAUCGGCUGCCAGAAAUGAAGAAACAAGAAGACGUACAGGCGGCUAAUACUUUUCAGGAGUGAAAUUAAAUGAAGCGGUAAAUUAUAUUGAAAUUCGCUAGGUAAAAAUUAUUUUGAAUCUCAAAGACAAAACUCGAUUUUGUAUUUUUCUCGCUCGGCUCCUUAUUAAUCGCCUUGGUAAGACCUCCCAUAAGAGCAAUGUGUAUAUUGUAUUUCACCCUAAUUAUUUAUGUUCUAAUUUUCGCCACCUCAUUUGAUUUACACGUAAGUGCUUGGCGCUAGUGUGCCCUUACUAAGGCGAAAUUCGCCGCUGCGGGCCUGCGGCGCUGCAUCGCUGGUGGGUGACGUCGCGCAAAACCCUAGGCGAUGUCUUUAGGAGCACAAAAUAUAUUAACCCCGGGUCAUUCGAACGAGAAUUGAAAUACUCUAUACAAUCGCGAAAUGGUUUGAAGGUAGUGAAUGAACUAGAACAGUGUUUGGAGUUAAACCAGUUUCAAGGAUGUAUAUUGUCUCAAAGAACCUAAAUACAAGCUUCUACUAAUUAUCUGACUCUAAAGCUAAACUGAUAAUUCUACGGACUCGCGACUCUGACUGUUCUCCGGAGCGGCGGUGAUGCUGCAAGACCUCUGCUGCUAGCGUUGAGGGCGUGACCUUGAAUGAAGGGAUGUAGUUUUGACAAAUCAAAGCGACUCCGUGUGGACUUCAAGAACUACGAGCUCGAAUCAGCGUCGGUCCGCUGGGCCUACGUGGUGGUAGAAAAUUCGUAAAGCGGGCGAGCACUUUGCGCACACGUGUUGACCACCCUAAAUCUCAGUCCUCAGUUUUUAUGAAUCAUAAAAACUACUCGAUUUUAUUAAUAAGAAAUUGAAUUACGCGCUUAUAUUCAAUCACGUGAUCACAGCUACGUCACAGAGUAUGUUCGGAAAUGAAAUUUCGGUUAGUAGUUAGGUUGGUAGCCCUACGCUAACCAACCGCCCGACGUUCAGCGCGUGUAAACAGUAGAUGGUUAGCACAGCUGAUUGUUGGGGUUCGGAGCAAGUCAAUGUUAUUGCAAUAAAGUUGAUCUAUUUAUCAACACAUUAUGAACGUAAUUGAGGUGUUUGAUGAUAUCCUAUCAUCGACCGAUUCUGAUAGUGAUGAACAAAGUGAUGUAGAUGAAAUGUUUGAUGACAUUUUCGAUGAUUAUGAAGCCAAUGAUCAUCGUAUUCCACGAGUUGAAAAUUUUGUAGUUAAUGUUGUACACAACCUCAAAUCUCACAUAUAGUCACAUGGCAUGCUCAUCAGUCACCAUCGCGGAAAUCAGCUCGCCUAACCGUCUAUUGUUUACACGCGCUGAACGUCGGUCAGUCGGUUAGCGUAGGGCUACCAACCUAACUACUAUCCGAAAUUUAAUUUCCGAACAUACUCACAGGUGGGUUACGGUAAGCCACCUAUAGUGACGCUUCUUGCGUUCAUGCGUUCCUAAAGACAUCUGCAACCCUGCAGUGAGCAUGCGCGGAUUAACAGCUGCUGUUCGCCUGUUUUUGGCAACACACGCGUCAGUCGCAGCCGGCAGUACUCGCAGGCUCGCAGCGGAGUCUAGCGAGUGUGUAUUGUAUACAGUUAGUCUGUUACUGUGCACUGGUCGCUGAGUACACUUUUCUUUCAGCACCUCGAUUUGCGUUAUAACCUCAAAGUGAAAGUUGAAAUAAAGAAUUUUAUUUUGCACAUGAAAUCUUGCACCUAAAGAUGCCGCCUAAUCGUGAAUCCAGUGGCGAAUCUGGAUCAGAUUCAGAGAGUGGCUCUGCUUCGUCUGCCUCAAGUCGCAGUGGCAGUCCAGCAUCUUCGCAUGCCCCAGCUCAGACUCCUAGAGCUGCUACAACCGAUCAUUCAGAAGAUGAAGCUGGUCAAAGGACCAGUCGCUCUAGAUCUGUUAGCAGGUCUCCAAGCAGAAACAAGUCGGCUAGUCCCUCUUCUCAUAAAUCUGCUAGUCCAAGGUCGCAAAAAUCUGCUCGGUCUCAAAGUAAAUCACCUGCCAGAUCGGGCUCUCGUCACUCCAGUGCCAAAUCUGUAGGAAGUAACAAAUCAGGCUCUCAUAGAUCCAGAAGUGGUUCAGCUCAUUCUGCACGCUCUGGAAGUGUCACUUCGGCAAAGUCUAAUGCAUCCAGGUCCCCUUCACCCAAUGGAAGCCACAGAUCUAUCAGUCCUAAAUCAGGUGCUAGUCAAAGAUCUGGAAGUCAUGUUUCAAGAAGAUCUGCUAGUCAGGCUUCUAAGAGAUCUGGAAGUCAUGUCUCAAGGAGAUCUGGAAGUCAUGUCUCAAGGAGAUCUGGAAGUCAUGUCUCAAGGAGAUCUGGAAGUCAUGUCUCAAGGAGAUCUGGUAGUCAGACUUCAAGGAGAUCUGGAAGUCAUGUCUCAAGAAGGUCUGGUAGUCAGGCUUCAAAGAGAUCUGGAAGUCAUGUGUCAAGGAGGUCUGGUAGUCGUGCUUCCAGAAGAUCAGGCAGUCAAGCAUCAAAAAGAUCUGGCAGCAAUGCUUCCAGAAGGUCUGGAAGUCAAAUCUCCAAAAGAUCAGGAAGUCAAACUUCUAGAAGAUCAGGAAGCCAAACUUCCAGAAGAUCAGGUAGCCAAACAUCUAGAAGAUCUGGGAGUCAUACUUCCAGAAGAUCGGGUAGUCAAACUUCUAGAAGAUCUGGUAGCCAAACUUCCAGAAGAUCAGGUAGCCAAACAUCUAGAAGAUCUGGAAGCCCAGCUUCUAAGAGAUCUGGUAGCCGUACUUCUAGAAGAUCCAGAAGCCAAACUUCCAGGCGAUCAGGAAGCCAAGCAUCUAAAAGAUCAGGGAGUCAGACAUCGAGGAGAUCUGCUAGCCAGGGCUCAGAUAAGUCCAAACAGGAGAGCAAGAAACGGCUUCUGAUUGAUAGUGAUCAGUCAGAUUCGGAUACAGAAAAAUCGGCAAAGAAAAAGCAGCGCAAGUUAAUCGACUCCGACUCAGAGCCUGACGACGAGAUCCAGCGUGCGAGUGCUGCUAAUGCUGAGGAGGAACAACCAACUGCUGAUGCGCUUUUUGGCGAUGCUAGCGAUAUUAGUAGUGAUGACGACAAAGAGGAAGAGGAGAAGGAGGCCGACGUAAUCGAAAGAAGGAGUCGCAGUAAGAGCAGGAGUCGGAGCAGAAGUCGCAGCAGGAGUAGAAGUCGCGAGCGAUCCGAAGAAAAAACCCAGGUCCCUGUUAUCGAAGAUGAUGAAGAAAAGGAAAAGGAAGAAGAACCCGAACCUCCACCAGAAACUAGAAUUGACGUCGAGAUCCCAAAGAUCACUACCGAUCUGGGCCGCGAAAUACAUUUUGUAAAACUCCCGAAUUUCUUGUCAGUUGAAACUCGACCUUUCGAUCACGAGACGUACGAAGAUGAAAUCGAUGAAGAAGAGACUCUUGACGAGGAGGGACGCGCUAGACUAAAACUCAAAGUCGAAAAUACGAUAAGGUGGAGAGAGGAAUUUUCAGAUGAUGGCAAGCCGGAAAGGCAGAGUAAUGCAAGAUUCGUCAGAUGGUCAGAUGGCAGCAUGUCUCUUCAUCUUGGUUCUGAAAUUUUCGAUGUAUACAAGCAGCCACUGCAGGGUGAUCACAAUCAUUUGUUCAUCAGACAGGGUACGGGUCUGCAAGGACAGGCUGUCUUCAGAACUAAACUAACCUUCCGUCCACACUCGACCGAGUCGUUCACUCACAGAAAGAUGACAAUGUCUCUGGCUGAUCGUUCACAGAAAACUUCAGGCAUCAAGGUGUUAUCGCAUGUCGGCAUGAAUCCUGAUCAAAAUAAAUAUGAAAUGAUCAAGAAAGAAGAGGAAAAGCUGCGUAUGGCGAUGCGCGUGCAGAGCAAAUCCAAAAAGCCAAGUGGUGGUGGCAGAGGAGCAAACCGAGCGGCAGCAGCUUAUGGUAACGAUCCUUACCAUGACGAAGGGUCCGACGACGAAAAUGCUAUUUCGCUUGCAGCCAUCAAGAACAAGUACAAGAACAAACCGGCGGGAGGUGGCGCCGUUUCGAAACUGGCCCAAAAUAUUUACUCUUCGGACGAGGAAGGAUCAGAUUUUGAAGCUGGUCGACCAAAGAAACAUCCGAAAAAAGCUCUUAAAGACUCAGACGAAGAGUCCAAGUCUGGCUCCGAAGAUGAUUCUGGUAGUGCUGAAGAUCACGAAGAGGCAGAAAAGUCUGCAGAUGGCGAUAGCGAUUAAUAAUUGUAGUAUGUAAAAAUGUAUUUUGUAAAGAAAGUGACUGAUAUUAAAAGCAAAUGAUUUCUUAUAACAA